AAACUUUCCCUCUCCGCCACAGAAACGGCGCCCGGGCUCUGCUGGAGCGGAGAUCUCCCGGCUCCGAGCACUCGGUGGCUCUCCACGCCCCUGACCGAAGCCUGGCCGGACCGCAUCGCUCACUAAGUCAUAUGUGAUUCCAUCUGAUAUACAUAGGAGAAAAAGUGAUAAAGGAGAAUUCUGAUGGCAACUGUAUGAUUGAAGCUAUACAAAGUCAAGUAUCUGUAUAUUCAGUCAACUCUAUUUGAGCAUACCCAGGAUAAAAAGUGUGAUUGAACGGAACACUGGUUUGGCCAGUCCUCAUCAUGAACCGUGCUUUUAGCAGGAAGAAAGACAAAACAUGGAUGCAUACACCUGAAGCUUUAUCAAAACAUUACAUUCCCUAUAAUGCAAAGUUUCUUGGUAGUACAGAAGUGGAGCAGCCCAAAGGAACAGAAGUCGUGAGAGAUGCUGUAAGGAAACUGAAGUUUGCAAGACAUAUCAAGAAAUCUGAAGGCCAGAAAAUUCCUAAAGUUGAGUUGCAAAUAUCAAUUUAUGGAGUAAAAAUUCUAGAACCCAAAACAAAGGAAGUCCAACACAAUUGCCAGCUUCAUAGAAUAUCAUUUUGUGCAGAUGAUAAAACAGACAAGAGGAUAUUCACUUUCAUAUGCAAAGAUUCUGAGUCAAAUAAACAUUUGUGCUAUGUAUUUGACAGUGAAAAGUGUGCUGAAGAAACAACUUUAACAAUUGGCCAAGCAUUCGACCUGGCAUACAGGAAAUUUCUAGAAUCUGGAGGAAAAGAUGUUGAAACAAGAAAGCAGAUUGCAGGGUUACAGAAAAGAAUCCAAGACUUAGAAACAGAAAAUAUGGAGCUCAAAAACAAAGUACAAGAUUUGGAAAACCAAUUAAGAACAACUCAAGUAUCAACUUCUCCAGCUGGCAGUGUGACACCUAAGUCACCCUCUACUGACAUCUUUGAUAUGAUUCCAUUUUCUCCAAUAUCUCCUCAGUCUUCGACACCUACUCGCAAUGGCACACAGCCACCUCCAGUACCUAGUAGAUCUACUGAGAUUAAACGGGACCUGUUUGGAGCAGAACCUUUUGACCCAUUUAACUGUGGAGCAGGGGAUUUCCCUCCAGAUAUUCAAUCAAAAUUAGAUGAGAUGCAGAGGGGUUCAAAAUGGGACUAACUCUUGAAGGCACAGUGUUUUGUCUUGACCCAUUAGACAGCAAGUGCUGAUGGCAAGAAGAAGAGCUCCUGGUUCAUGUUACAUUUGUUUUUUAUAGAUAUGUAUCAUUAUUACUUUAUGACAAGUAUUAGUUUUGAACAGCUUACCUUUUUGAAAAUAAUUUCAGUAAAAUAUCUGCAUAUGUAACAUUUUAUUUUUCAACACAACACACUGUAAAUCAUAACAUCUCUUUUUGUUGGAGAUGAAUUUAUAAUUGACAGGUUAUCCAAAUACCUGACACAUAACUGAGUUCUACAUAAUUAGCACCUUUUUAACGUGCUAAUGUUCAUUCUCUAGGAUGCUAGUAUAUUAUUGAUUUCCCCAAAGCCAUUAUCUUAAAGAUAUCUUUUAAAGUCCUAAAGAGAUAGACCAAUGAAAACUAAACACAUUCCAGUUUUCAAGCCAAUAAACAUGUUACCAUUCAUUACACAGAUGUCAUUUUGUCUAUUAUGUGCCGUUCACAUCAUUGGGAAAAUGUAAACUUUGAAAAU